AUGAGAAAGCAUAUUUUGACGCAAGUUUCAGAGGUUAAGAAACCAUUCAACUAUCUUAAGGGCUCUGCAAAUUUUGAAAUAGAUGAGGUUCCUUCUAAUGUCAUGCACCAGUCAAUUGAUAGUAAUAAACCGCUAACACAAUGUACAGAAACAGUGGAGCCAAAAACACCUACAAUUUUGGACGGCAGCUUAGAUCAAACAAAUGAUUCUGAAACCUGUAUAAACAAUGGCAUAAUUUCUGCAAAGAUGGAUGAAGGGAACGCUAGUGUAUCAAAGAUUAGUGGAAGUACUAGGCUAAGUGACAAAGGCGAUGUUUUAGAGAACAGGAAAAAUAGUAUGUGCAGGCCUAGUACAAGUAGUGACAUCAGUGAUGAAAGUUCGUGUAGUAGCUUCAGUAGUAACAUCACUAAGCCCCAUAAAGCAAAUGAUUCAAGAUGGGAAGGAAUUCAGGUGAUUCGUGCAAGAGAUGGGGUUCUGGGUUUAAGUCAUUUUAUGCUGCUAAAGAGGUUGGGAUGUGGUGAUAUUGGUAGUGUUUAUCUAUCAGAAUUAAGUGGCACAUCUUGUUAUUUCGCUAUGAAGAUCAUGGACAAGGGAUCAUUGGCUAGUUGUAAGAAACUUCUAAGAGCUCAGACAGAGAGGGAAAUUCUGCAAUGUCUAGAUCACCCUUUUCUUCCAACUCUUUAUACCCACUUUGAAACUAAUAAAUUUUCAUGUUUGGUAAUGGAAUUAUGCCGAGGUGGAGAUUUGCAUAUCCUUCGUCAGAGGCAACCUGGAAAAUUUUUUAUUGAACAAGCAGUGAAGUUUUAUGUAGAAGAGAUCCUCCUUGCACUUGAAUACCUCCACAUGCUUGGCAUUAUAUACUGUGACCUUAAACCCGAAAAUGUACUUGUUAGAGAAGAUGGUCAUAUCAUGCUCUCUGAUUUUGAUCUGUCCCUUCGAUGUGUAGUUAACCCAACAUUGAUCAAGUCUUCUAAUCCACAAGCUGAAACAAUGCAGAGAAGCAAUCCAGUUUACUGUGUCAAAGAACCCUCCUGCAUCCAACCUGCUUGUAUGACUCCCACAACAUGCUUAGACCCUCGUUUCUUCUCCUCUAAGUUUAAGAAGAACCAUAAAUGUAAGACUGAGAUUUGUAACCAGGUUAGCCCUUUACCUGAGCUUGUAGCAGAGCCCACAGAUGCUCGUUCAAUGUCAUUCGUUGGAACCCACGAGUACUUGGCUCCUGAGAUCAUUAAGGGUGAAGGUCAUGGGAGUGCAGUCGACUGGUGGACCUUUGGUAUAUUUAUGUACGAGCUUUUGUUCAGCAAGACUCUAUUCAAGGGAUUGGGUAACAGAGCCACAUUGUUCAAUGUUGUAGAGCAGUCAUUGCACUUCCCAGAUUCCCCAGUCCUGAGCUUCUCUGCAAGAGACCUGAUAAGGAGAUUGCUUGUGAAGGAUCCACAGCACAGGCUUGCAUAUAAGCGCGGGGCUACGGAAUUGAAGCAGCAUCCUUUCUUCAAGGGUGUAAAUUGGGCAUUGAUAAGGUGUGCAAGUCCACCAAAGGUUCCAAGACCUAUUGAGGUUCCCAAUCAAUCAGCAUCGACGAGCCAAAGAACUGCAUCUCCUAUCAAUCAAAAGGGUUCUGGAGGUGGUAACUAUCUAGAAUUUGAUUUCUUCUAG